UUGCUUCGUCCUCAUUGAGGAGCACGACUCUGCGGCGCCAUCACUCACUCCCUGUCGUCGACCUGCGCAUUUUGGCCUCGCUUACCCCGUCCAUUUUUCUCGUAUCCUGUUGCGCUGCCUGUUGCGGAAGGAAAUUUUCUGCGUGAAGGCGGACUUCUACUGCUUCGAUGCAGCGGAUUUGCGUCUCUGUAGUUUAGCGACGGGAAAUCGCGGUGAAAGGAAGGAGUCGCUGCACAUACGGCGAGCCUCGGUGCUUGGAUAUGUCAGGACACAGCGGCUUGUAGCUCCAUUUUGGAAGUCAAGGAUGAGACGAUUGUGGAGGUGCAGUUCAUAUUUGUUAGGACCGUCUUCAUCAUAUUGCUCUACGGAACUAUUGGAGGGAUUUCGGAGCUUCUCACAUCGAACAUCGUAGCCACGACCGUCGCGUCUCAAUUUUCAUAGCGUCUCAUACAUGACAUUUGUAGUUACAUUCUUUGUAACUGUUACGGAAUCGCAUACUUUUGUUUUCAAAUUCUUCUUAGGUUUCUUGUGUUCACCUUUAGCUUGUGUAGUAUGAACACCCAGAGCGGCGCGAAGGCCAAAAAAAUUGUGGCCUUUAAUCAACUUUUCCCUUGUGGUCGGAGUCACAAUUCUUUUCUCAAUCUGAUUAUCUAAGCUGAACGCACAAGCUUGUAGUUGUCCGUCCGCCUCAAUAGUUCAAACUAUUCUCCAUGGCGGCUAGAGCUGCUGUGCGGAGAUUGGCGGAUACUGUUACUAGAGAUGUUUUAGAGGACAUCUACAGAUACAGCUUUAUGAAACAAACAGGGGUGAGUCUCAAGUACAUGAUGGAUUUCGGCUCCUAUCCGUCGAAGAGGAACCUAUUAUUGUCGUCACAAUUUCUGCACAAUGAGCUUCCUGUUCGCUUAGCGCAUCGAGUGGCCGAGCUUGAGAACCUACCUCAUGGACUUUCUUCCAAAGCCCCUGUCUUGAAAGUUCGUGAUUGGUACGUGGAUUCUUUUACGGACCUUCGAAGUUUCCCGGAAAUUCAAAAUGUGGGAGACGUGGCAAGAUUUACCAACCUUAUAACGAGGGUUAAAAUGCGGCAUAAUGAUGUUAUGCCAACUAUGGCGAUGGGGAUUCAGCAACUGAAGGAAGAUUUGGGUCGGAAUGUCGGCCUAAACGAGAUUCCUGAAAUCCAUCAGUUCCUUGACCGAUUUUACUUGUCACGAAUUGGUAUCCGAAUGCUCAUUGGGCAGCAUGUUGCAUUGCACAAUUCUCCUCCCUCUCCUAACCAGAUCGGACUUAUUUGCACAAAGGUUUCUCCUGUAGAAGUUGCCCAAAAUGCUAUAGAUGAUGCUCGAUCUGCAUGUAUGCGUACAUAUGGGAGUGCACCUGAAGUACAUGUCUACGGAGAUCCACAUUUUGUAUUUCCUUACGUGCCUACGCACCUUCACCAAAUGCUGUUUGAGUUGAUAAAAAACUCUCUACGUGCUGUUCAAGAGCGUUUCCAAGAUGCCGAUCACGAGUGUCCUCCGAUUCGUGUUGUAGUAGCUGAUGGUAUUGAAGACGUUACAAUUAAGAUUUCGGAUGAAGGAGGUGGCAUUCCCAGGAGUGGGCUACCAAAAAUCUGGACGUAUUUGUACAGUACAGCGAAGAAUCCCGUGGUACUUGGUAGGCAAGAUCAUGAGUUGCCUAACGUUAUGGCCGGAUAUGGUUAUGGUUUACCCAUCAGCCGACUGUAUGCGCGUUAUUUUGGAGGCGAUCUUCAAGUGAUUUCCAUGGAAGGAUAUGGUACUGAUGCUUACUUACACCUCAACAGACUUGGAAAUGUACAAGAGCCUUUACCCUAGUCUACGAAUGAGAUCGAGUUCGAAGACAUGGAUGUUUGGUAGCUUUCAGGAGAUUGUUAUUACAAGCUGUCUUUUCUCGCAUAAACCUUUGAUUUCAAGCUUGAUGGAUAGAGCUUGGCUGCGACCCACGUCCAUCCAUGUGGGCGAUAGAUUUCACGUUCAACGAUUGCGUAUCAUUGAAAAUGAAAGGGAUUUUUCACCCCUCCCCCUUCUCCCACGAGCUUUCUGAUUGCUCUAGUGUACAUUUCCCUUCACUAUCGUAGCAUUGGUAGUUCUUACGCUGAUCCUGGAUGUGUAUAGUUGUGGAUAGUUUUAUCGGCUCAGCCAUGUUUCACCGACAUGCACAGAUUCAAUUGCCACCCGAUGGUUGGUCACUCCUUCAUACUUAUAAUAUUAACCUAUUUUCUCCAA